AUGGCUGCUUCGUACAAACCCCUGAACACCGCCGACGAGAACUCCGACUGCUGCUCACAAAAUGGAGACUGGCAUGGCCAACCACUCAGGAGAUUAUGGUUGUUUUCCUCAGCGAACCUAGUGUUACUUGUUGUCCAGCUCGUUCUUCUCGCUACCCAUCUGGUACGAAAUUGGGGAAACGCAGGGUCAACUGCAGCUAUCCAGGCCACCUACGGCUUUGAUGCGAACUACAUGAGCAUCGAAUUCGAAUACGAUUGGGUAUGGGAAGAAGAUGCCAUCGAGACGGCAGGUACCAUCGCUCUACAGCGAGACGAUAAAGGAGAUGUGACGGAAUUCGGGACGAUAAGCAUGUUCCACGCCCUACAUUGCGUUACAUCCUUGCGCCGGGAACUGCAGAAAGCCUGGGAAGGAAAGCAUGUUGCGCUGAACCAGAACGAGGACGCACACUGGCCGCACUGCAUGCACUACCUACAUCAGAUGAUCAUAUGCAAUGCAGAUGACUUGAUUGAGCGACAACACAUGUGGAACCACACGAUUCCCUUUGUGAGCGGCGCUGAAGAUGUGAGGCAGUGCAGAGAUGCUCAGCGACUGUAUGACAUGUACGAAGAAAUGAAACUUUGA